AUGAGCCCAGGCGAGGUCCAGACUACCGAGAAGGCGUACUCCCCCACCCCCAUCCUCACUCGCUCUCGGACGAGCAAGACCUGUCUCCCACCCCUCCGUACGUGUCGCAAUGACGACCAACCUCCUUCCCUCAACUACGACAUCCUCUCGUCCAUCCUCCCUCUAGUCGAUGCGAACGACGCCGCUCAACUUGCGCUGGCCUCUCGCUCUGCCUACCGCCUCGCACUUCCCCGUUUCCUCGCAGACGUCACCAUCGGUGGACUAUACCACAAGCCGGGCAACAGCGCCGUCACCCAGCUCACCGCAUUCUGCAACUUCCUCCUCGGCCCCGCUCCCGCAUGGCAUGGCGCCCCCACCGCUCGCCUCGAUGAUCUCCGCACUCUCGAGUCCGCCGUCUCCCUUCUCUCCGCCGUGCUCGCGCGCGCGCACAGCCUGCAGCGGCUCACGCUCUGGGGCUCGGACGCGCUCUUCACCGCCGACCCCGACUUCGCGCAGGGCAGCAGCCCCUCCAUCGAGACCCUCGUCCUCGGCGGGGACAUCGCCCCGCUCCCUGUCCUCGCCAAAGCGUUCCCGAACGUCCGCGAGCUUAUCUUCCUCGGCGUCAACGGGUCGUGUGCCCCCAACUGGGCGUUCUUCCAGCCCGACGCGAACAGCGACGCCCUGGGGCCCUGGCAGAACACUCUCGAGCGCGUCGACACGGGCUUCGCAGUCAUGCCGCUCCAGUGCCCCGUCAAGCGUGUCGUCGUCAGGGAGCCGGUCAUGGACGGGUUCGACCACCUAUACCCGGCCCGAGAGUUCCUCGGACAUGCUCAGCCCGUCGUACUCUCCCUCCUGUUCUUGGAGUUGACGGGAGAUCGGUGCGAAGGUCUCAAGGAGAGCGCAGAAUGGCGAGGGUCCGUGUCGUCUGCGCUCGCUCUCGUGCCGUUCCUCAACCUUCGCGGUCUGUCGCUCUCCGUCACCCCCGCCGUACUCCUACGUCUCUGGUGGAAGGCCGAAGGCGAGCGGCCUCCUGCGCCCCCCGAAGCCAUACGAACCGUCGACUUCCAUGCCAUCGCACAAGCAGUCGCCGAGAGCGCGCCCUCGCUCCAAUUCAUCACCAUCGACCUCACCCGUCAGAGGGAGCCCUGGAUCGGAGCGUGCUUCGUUCUCGCUGGAGCCGCAACCGUGGCGCGGAUGCGUGCGUUCAACCAGUACGAUUGA